AUGGUGCUUCUCGGCGAGAUGCACUUUGCGCCGCUCAGAUCCGGCGCACAAGUUAGCCUUUACCGCUCUGGCGGUGUCGCGUACGCUACGCAGGAGAGCUGCGUCAUGAGUGGCACUAUUCGGGAUAACAUCCUGUUCAGGGCGGAGUACGACGAGGCGCGGUACAAGAAAGGUCAACAUCCAUAUCGUCUAGCGGCUCCCCGCUUAUUGCUGACAUCCCCUUGCGCUCUCGCAGUGAUCUAUCAGUGCGCCCUCAAGCGCGACCUCACGCUCUUCCCCGCUAGCGACCGCACCGAAGUGGGCGAGAAAGGCCAGACGCUCAGCGGCGGGCAGAAGGCAAGGAUAACACUGGCACGCGCGAUCUACUCCUCAGCGGAUGUGUUGCUGUUGGACGAUGUACUCGCAGCGCUGGACGUGCAUACGGCCAAGUGGAUCGUUGGGAAGUGUUUGAAGGGAGAGUUGGUCAGAGGGAGGACUGUGCUGCUCGUUACGCAGAACGUUGCGCUUGUAGGUCCUAUCGCGGCAUUCGUCGUCGCGUUCGGCGCCGGCGGCGAGAUUGUGGCGCGUGGUUCCCACGCCGAAGUAUUGUCCAAGAACUCUGCGCUCGUGGCCGACCAGGCUGUCAUCUCGGAGGAGGCUGAGGAGAGUGAUGAUAUCGAGAAUGAGGAGGAGCCCGAGACGGAGUACGUGGCGGAUGGGAAGCUUGUCGUCGAGGAGGUAGUGGCGAAGGGGCACAUAUCAACGGGCGCUUUGAUGCUCUUCUGGACCUCCCUCGGCGGCGACCAUCCGGUCCUGUUUUGGUCUAACUUUGUCAUCGGCAUGCUUGCGUACCGUGUACUGGCGAACCUUCAGCCGUUCUGGAUGGGUCGCUGGGCCGACGCAUACGCUGUACCUGGCCCCGUAAGCGUCACAUUUUACCUGGGCGUCUUCCUUCUCCUCGUGCUCGGCACCGUUCUCACGUUCAUGGGCGCUAACGCCACGCUCAUGUUCGGCGUUCUUCGCGCGGCGAGGAAUAUUCACGCUCAGCUGAUGGACGCUAUCCUUGGCACUACCCUACGCUGGGUCGACUCUACGCCCUCUUCCCGUAUUAUCACGCGCUGUACCAAGGACAUAAAGGCCAUUGAUGGGCAGCUCGCCUUCCAGUUCAAGUGGCUCGUCAGUGUCAGCGCCCAGCUCAUUGUCCAGCUCGUUGCCAUCGUACUCGUCGCGCCCGCGAUGCUCUUACCCGGUCUCGUCAUUCUGGCUCUCGGCGCCUGGGUCGGCAACGUGUACAUGAAGGCCCAAUUACCGGUCAAGAGAGAAAUGAGCAAUAAGAAGGCGCCCGUUCUCGGUCACUUCAGCGCUGCUGUCGCUGGCUUGGUAUCUAUUCGUGCAUACGGUGCACAGGAGGCUUUCCGGCACGAGUCGUACAGGCGUAUUGACGAGUACACGCGCGUUGGCAGAACACUGUACAACUUGAGCUGCUGGGUCAGUUUGCGCAGCGAUACCCUUGGUGCUCUCCUGUCUUCCACACUGGGCGCAUACAUGGUUUACGGUCCCGGCGCUGCGACGAUCGGCGCGUCGAACGCGGGCUUCGCGCUUGCUAUGGCCGCCGCUUUCAGCCAGUUGAUCUUGUGGCUCGUCCGCGUGUACAACGACUUCGAGGUCGAGGGCAACAGCCUCGAGCGCAUACAGGCAUACCUGGAGAUCGAGCAGGAGCCGAAGCCCACGAUCGAGUGCCAACCUCCCGCGUCCUGGCCCUCGAGUGGCGAGCUCCACGUUGAGAACUUGUCCGCGCGCUACUCUCCCGACGGACCCAAGGUAUUGCACGGCCUAAACUUCAGCGUGAAGUCUGGCGAGCGUGUCGGGAUCGUCGGGCGGACGGGAAGCGGCAAGAGCUCUUUGACGCUCUCUCUUCUACGGUGCAUCUUCACCGGUGGUAGUGUACGAUACGACGGUGUUGAUACGGCCAGUCUCAAUCUCGACGAGCUGCGCGCCAAGAUCACGAUCAUACCACAAGUGCCACAGCUCCUGAGCGGCACGUUACGCGAGAACCUGGACCCGUUCGGCGAGUACGACGAUGCGGUUCUUAACUCGGCUUUGCGCGCUUCCGGCUUGCUCUCGUUGCAGAGCGAGGGCGACGAAAACCGCAUCACCCUCGACGCGCAGGUUGCGAGCGGGGGAGGGAACUUGAGUGUCGGUCAGCGCCAGAUCUUGGCGCUUGCUCGAGCGCUUGUCCGUGGUAGCAAGGUGCUCAUCCUGGAUGAGGCGACCUCUUCGAUCGACUAUCAGACAGACGCUAUCAUCCAGUCGUCUCUGCGCAAGGAGCUGGGUAACGACGUGACUCUGCUCACGGUCGCGCAUCGUCUGCAUACUAUCAUGGACGCGGACAAGAUUAUGGUACUUGAUGCUGGGCGUAUCGUCGAGUUCGAUCAUCCGCGGGUAUUGCUCGAGAAAACGGGAGGCUACUUUAGGUCAUUGGUGGAUGAGAGUAGGGACAGGGACGCGUUGUAUGCGAUUACAGGUAGCAAGGCUUGA